GAUGAUAAUCUAAUUUUAUUUUUUUAAAGUUUAGAAAAGUUUGUUUGAAUUAUGUUGUCUUACUUUGGUUUUCUUCUUCAGCGUCUCCUGUUGUUGUCUCAGUACCAUAGUCCUCUUCCCAUAGUUUGAUUGCCAUCUGUCUUGUUUCUCAGCUACCCAGAGCUGAAGCCUGUGCAGUCCAUCAAUGCCCAUCCUUCCAACUGCAUCUGCAUCAAAUUUGACCCCAUGGGGAAGUACUUUGCCACAGGAAGUGCAGAUGCUUUGGUCAGCCUUUGGGAUGUGGAUGAGUUAGUGUGUGUUCGGUGCUUUUCCAGGCUGGAUUGGCCUGUGAGGACCCUCAGUUUUAGCCAUGAUGGAAAAAUGCUGGCAUCAGCUUCAGAAGAUCAUUUUAUUGACAUUGCUGAAGUAGAGACAGGAGACAAGCUAUGGGAGGUGCAGUGUGAGUCCCCGACCUUCACCGUGGCUUGGCACCCCAAAAGGCCUCUGCUGGCAUUUGCCUGUGAUGACAAAGAUGGCAAAUAUGACAGCAGUCGGGAAGCAGGAACUGUGAAGCUGUUUGGGCUUCCUAAUGACUCCUGAUAGGGGGACCUGAUGUAGGGAGAGGAGGCACUGGCAGAGGCCUUCCUUUGUGUAUUAGUUUGGUCUGUUCUCUUGGAGUUGGUGGGCACCUCAAGUAUUUGUAAAUUGGUAUAAAUUAUAUACGUCUUUGUCAGUCUGCCUAUUCCAGUUCCCUUCUUGUAUUAUGAGCUCUUCCCAUUCUUUCCGCCCUGCAGGAGGGCUCUGCAUGAUAACACCAGCAUAUCUUGUCCUCUGGGGACCUCCUGUCUUCCCUGCUUUUAGAUGUAUGGUAGACUUUGUUGUGUUUGUUUCUGUGUGGACAAUACCUACUUUGGGGGAGUGAGUGAGGGAGGGUGAGAUGGGGAUGGAGAUUUUUUAUAAUAAAGAAAUGUACAUACUUUUUGAGAA